AUGAAUCGAAGAGCGAAGAGGUCAUCAUCAUCAACAUCAACAGCGAUUCCGGCUUUAGUUGAAACAGCUGUUUCUGUAGCGAUUGCAGCCACGGUUGUUGGUACUGCAGCCACUCUUCUUGUUCGGAGAAGUACCAAAGCCUCUGAAGAAGCCGAGGUUUCUAUGAAAGAAUGUGAAGUUUGUGGCGGUUCGGGGAUCUGUUCUGAGUGCAAAGGUGAAGGCUUUGUCUUGAAGAAACUAUCAGAUGAAAACGCUGAGAAAGCAAGACUCACCGCAAAGAACAUGGCCACACGAUAUACAGCCGGGUAA